AUGGAGACCCAAGAGGACAAAUCCCGAGGGCAGAACCUUGUGGAAGAGGCCGUUUUGAGCAGCUCCACAAACCAGGUGAUCCAAACUGGGGAUUGGCCCUAUAAGUGUGGGGAAUGUGGGAAGGGCUUCAAGCACAACUCCACCCUUGUGACCCACCGGCGCAUCCACACCGGGGAGAGGCUCUACGAGUGCGGGGAAUGCAGGAAGAACUUCAUCCGGAGAUCCCAGCUGGUCUGCCACCAGAGGAUCCACACUGGGGAGAGGCCCUACGAGUGUGAGCAAUGUAGGAAGAGCUUCAGCCAGCGAUCCUACCUGAUCUGCCACCAGAGGAUCCACACUGGGGAGAGGCCCUACGAGUGUGAGCAAUGUGGGAAGAGCUUCAGCCAGCGAUCCUACCUGAUCUGCCACCAGAGGAUUCACACUGGGGAGAGACCCUACCAGUGUAAGCAAUGUGGGAAGUGCUUCAUCCAGCGCUCCCACUUGAUCCGCCACCAGCGUAGCCACCCUGGGGAAAUGCCCUACAAGUGUAGGGAAUGUGGGAAGAGCUUCAACCAGAGGUCCAAACUGAUCAAUCACCAAAAGAUCCACACUGGGGAGAGACCCUACGAGUGUCCGAAAGUUUCAGAGAAGCUCCAGUCUCCUCCUGCCCCAGCAGAUCCACACAAAGAAGAGGCUCUUCUGCUGCCCCAACUGCAGGAAGGGCUUCAAGCACAACUCCAGCCUCAUCAUUCACCAGC